CAUUAAUAAUGCUUUCUGAUUCUAGUCAGAUUGCAGAGUUAAACGAAACUAAUGAAUUUAAUUCAAACAAUUCGCAGCUUACCGAAUUGGAAGCGGAGGUAGAUAGACAGGAAAAGUCAAACAAUGAUAUAAUCAAGUUAGCAGAUUUACCUGUUUUAAGAUCUUAUGGACGCAACUGUGCUGAAGCAACCGCCAAUUAAAAAAGUGGAAUCUACGAGAUACUUAUUCCAAGCUACAGUAGCGACUCCUUUAGAGUUUCUUGCGAUGUGAACACUCGAGGAGGAGGUUGGACGAUUAUUCUGCAACGUUUGGAUGAAGUGAGAAUUUUAAACGAAACUGGAACACAUACAAAAUGGGAUUCGGGAAUUUAGAUGGAGAAUUCUUCCUGGGCUUGGACAAAAUUCACGCACUUACAGCAGAUUACAGUCAAGAGUUGCUUGUGAUUCUCGAGGAUUUCAAGGGAAUUGAAGCAUUUGAGACUUAUGACAGAUUUGGAAUCUCAGACGAGGACGAACAAUAUGCCCUAAAUACAUUGGGAAAAGCCAGUGGAUCUGCUGGCGAUUCCCUUGAAUAUCAGUAUACCAUGAAAUUUUCCACAUUUGAUCGGAAAAAUGAUAUUUCUAGCUUAAACUGCGCUAAGGUUUACACUGGCGGCUGGUGGUACAAUUCUUGUCACUGGAGCCACUUGACUGGAACUUAUAAUGACACCGGCAAUGGAAAGGGCGUCAAUUGGCUCCAAUUUCGUGGUCACGAUUACUCUCUAAAAAGAGCCAUAAUGCUGAUAAGACCAAGGAGUAAAUAAAUAUUAGUACUAAUAUCAAGAGCUGUUCUAUCAGCUCAAUAAAAUAUUUGGUGAGGUUUAUUAAUUUUUAUUCAAAUAUUUGUAUAUUA